AAGUUAGUCAUUCGGGAAUGAUAUAAGGGAGAACUUGUGGACGACUAGCGAAGUAUACGAGUGUUUUAUUUCUAUCAAGGAAUGUGUUAAAGAAUAUCUGAGUGGCCGAUAUAUACAGGGUACAUAACAAAGUGGCGACGAGGAUUAACAAUUUAAAUAGAAUAUGGCAAGUUUUCCUACCCUAGACCAUUUUGAUUGUGAUGGUGAUGUCAGCUCUGUAGGAUUACGCUGGCAGAAAUGGAAGAGGGCGCUACCAAUCUAUUUAGAUGCAGCAAGUAUCAAUGAACCUAAAAAGAGAAAAGCUACCCUUUUACACUUUGGUGGGCUCAGCCUCCAGGAAAUAUUUUAUAAUUUACCUGGUGCUAAUGCCGACGUACCAGAUAAAAAUGGCCGUGACAUUUUUGAGAUAGCCAUAACAAAGCUAGAUGAAUAUUUUUCACCAAAGCAAUCAAAAGUGUAUGAGAGGCACUUAUUCCUCUUAUUAAAACAAGAAAGUGGGGAGAAAUUUGAAAAGUUUUUAGUGAGACUGAGACACCAAGUGGUUAAAUGUCAGUUUCAAGCAGUUGAAGAACAAUUAAUUGACCAAAUAACAGAAAAAUGCGCUUCUGUCGACCUACGGAAGAAAAUACUGACAGCCAGCGAUGUCAUAACUCUAGACCAAAUAAUUCUAGAAGCUAAUACCUUGGAGACCAUAGAAAGGCAGCUUUCUGGUUUUAAUGAAAAGCCAUCUCCUAGUUCGUUGCAGACGCUAAACGCAGUUUAUACCAAAAGAAAACAGAGGACAACCAUUUCCAGAGAUUGUUUUAGGUGUGGAUCUACAGAGGCAGUACAUAACAACUGUCCAGCAAUAAACAUUACUUGUCACAAAUGCAAAUUUAUAGGUCAUUUUGCAAAAUGUUGCAAAUCAACAAGGACCUUUACCUUGUCCAAUAAAUUGAACAAGGGACCCCCAAGAAAGAAGUUUAGAUUAGGACAAUCAGAUACAAACAAUGUAGACAACAUUUCGGAAACUGCAGAAGCAGAAUACGUGUUCCACCUGGACAGUGACGACACUGUAGAUUGUGAAGUAGGAGGAGUCAAGGUUGAAAUGUUAAUCGACUCUGGAAGUUUGUAGGAAAAUAAUAAAUACGAGUUUUGAUUAUACAAAUAGUAACUUUGUUUCAAAUAUGAUACUGUGUUGUAGGUUUAAAGUUUUCUAGUUAGAUUAGUAUUUACAUUUUAUAUAAAGUCAUUUAUUUAUUACAUUAAUAUAUAAUUUGUUUUGUAAUUAAACUAAGUAGUAAGUAGUAAAGUUAGGUAUACUGUUAGUCACUUUGGUUUAAAUAUGAUUCUAUGUCAUAGAGUUGAGGUUUCUAGUUUAAUUUAGUACUAGUUUUAGCAUUUAGAUAUAUAUACAUUAUUUGCUUUAUUAUAUAUUGUUGUAUUGGAAAAAAAGGAGAGAUGUGACGUAUCGCUUUGUAUAUUACUAAUUAUUUGUUAUCAAGUUGAUGCAUAAUCAUGUUUGUGAAAUAAGAAUAAAGAUUAUUGAACACAA